AUGGCAAAUGGACCAGCCUUGUCCACUGCUAGAAGUGGGGAAAUGUUGGAUGUUCUCAAUGCAAAUCAGUUUGAAGGAGAGUUCAUUGAUCCAAAAGUUGUUAAACAGGCAGAGGAAAACUUUUACAGAGGGGCCCCACCCAAAUGGUUAAACUUUUACAUUAGUGGAACUCUUUUCAUCAAACGAGAUGGAUACGACAAACUUGUGGAUCAAAUUCAACAACAGAGGAAAUUCCCCGGAAUAUCAACUGUUAAACUAUUCCACCAGCCAGGUUGUGGGGGGACCACACUGGCAAUGAAGGUGUUAUGGGACUUGAGAAAAACCUUCAGAUGUGCUGUUUUAACAGGCUCAACCUCAGACAUCACAAAUGUUGCGAAGGAGGUGGUCCACCUUUUCACAGCAGGCAGUCAACGUCACCAGAAAACUGUGCUGAUGUUAGUGAAUGAUGAGCAGAUUUUGGAAAUUCUGCAAGACAACAUUAUGCUAAAGAUUGCUGAGCAGCAGAUAGUCACCCGUAUGCCUGUGGUGAUAUUCCUUAACUGCGUUAGAAAUGAUGCCCUUCUACAAAACAGUGACCAUGUCGUACUAAAACAAAAACUUUCUGACACAGAGAAGCAAAAAUUUGAUGAGAAAAAGAAAGAACUUUGUAGAAAGUAUAAUUACAAAUGCAACCAAUUCCAUGGCUUUAACAUAAUGCAAACUAAUUUCUCUCAAGCUUAUGUCAAACAAGUAUGCAAAGUAUUCAGCACAGUCCGAAGUGCAAAUAAACCAAAGAAAACCCAGCUUGCUGCCUUCAUAUCGCUGCUGAAUGCCUAUGUACCAGGCUCAUAUCUCCUGGAGUCUCAGUGCCUGGACUUCUUCAAACAUGAUGACUACAUUCAUGGAGACUUUUCACUGGAGGACAGAAUGGAGCCCUUUAGCCAUCUCAUCAUCACCUUCCAAGAAGCAUCUGGAAAAAAAGUCUGCAUGGCUCACCCUAUGAUAGCAAAGUGUUGUACUGAAUUGAUGGUAGAGGCGGGCGUAGCCAGAAGUAACACAGCAAGAAACCUAUUGAACACUUUGUGCAGAGAUGAGGUUCCUGCAUUUUUGGUUGGUUUUGUCAAAGACAUGUUAACCAGGAGAAGACCAAAAAUAGAAGAGAACCAAAUCAAUAGUACAGAGAUGAAAGAGGAGCAAGAAAGAUUUUCUCGACUGAUUCUAGAUAUUCAAAGGACAGAGGAUUAUGUCCAGAGUGCAUCUGUUUUAAAGAUGGCAUCAAAAAAGUUUGAUCAAAAUCCAUUUUUUCCACAAGCACUUGCUCGUUUUUAUUACACGGAACUAAAAGACUACAACCUGGCAGAAAUGUGGGCAAAGAGAGCAAAGGAAAGAGAUCCCCAAAGUUCAUUUAUUGCAGACACACUGGGCCAAGUCCAUAAGAACCACCUGAAGAACAUAGAGCAUCCUGCCAAUCCAAGAGAAAUUUUGCAACUGGCCGCAAAGGCCAUUAAGGCUUUCAAAGAUGAAGAACAACUUGCUGAAAAUGAACGUGGGAUAGAGAUGAAAGGAGAUGGCGAGACCAAAAUCUCACAUGUUUUUAACAACAGAGGGAUGUUUGGUUAUCUACAAGUUUGCAACCUUGUGUAUGACCGACUUGUCAGUCAGAAUGAAACUUGGAUAGAAGUUCUCACAAAGAAAGUGUCCUUGCAGUCUGUCCUGGGAUCACUUGGAGACAACAAACUCUUCAGAUUUAACCAUCUAAUAAACAGCCUAAGAGAUGAGGUUGAGAGAAAAUGUGCAUUUUUUGAUAAAUAUCUUACUUACUCAAAGCCUGACAUGAAGAAAGAUGAUCCCUCAUACAUUUCUAGAGACACCUCAGACUGCUACAGGAAGUAUGUCGGAGACUACCCACCAAAGCAUUUCAAAGACAAAGGUGCUGAUCUCAUCCAGAAGCUUAAGCAAAACCGGGCAGACACAUCUGCUGGAGUACUCUCAUGUCUUGACAGAGAAUGCGCUGAAUCAGACCUUAAGGAAAUAACUACAUGGUGGGAAGAAAUCUUUUCACAGAGAGAUUCGGUCUCAGCUCUGGCCAACUACAUCCUCAAUCAUAUUGUGUUAAAAAAUCUGAGAGCAAUGUUUCCUUCUGAUUGCAAUGAUUUAACUGUGUUUAAACCAAAAAUGCCUCUGAUCCCCGAAGAUUCACCUGAGCUCCAGAUGUUAACCCUCCUCCUGUGCUGGCCUUCAGACAGUAAAGAGAAAUGUGUCCUUGACCUCAAUGAAUUAAUUCUGCUUAUGCACCACUCCUAUGAACGUGCAUAUAAGAGACACUAUCGAUCAAGGUACCUCCCCCCUCUGUUUUUCAUUGGAAAAGGUCAAGAUCUGACCAGAAUUGUUCACAGAAAGGUCCUCAAAGAAAUGUUUCUUGAACAAAAUGAGGAAACAAUACAAGAUUGGAGCAACAACUGGAGCAACGAGAAGAUUUUCAAAGAUCCGACGAUCCAAGCACGCCUUCUCAAAGUUGAAGGGGUGGUACGAAACUACAGAGUCUAUGCAAGAAUUGAUGGUAAAGAGAUUGAGAUGGAUGCAAACCUCCGAAACAGCCUCUGGAGAUCACGCCAAGUUUCCUUUUACAUUGGAUUUACCAUCAGAGGUCCUGUAGCCUUUGCCAUCCAGACAAAACCUGCAGAAAAGGUACAAUCCCCAGAGAUGGCUAGCUCAGAACCCAAGGAAAUAAAACCACAACUCUCUCCAUGGACGGAUAAAAAUCGAGGUCAUUUCGUAGAUCUCCAUCAGACAGAUCUGAUUAACAGAGUGACUGAUACAGAAGGCAUCCUGUUGAAGCUCAAGGAUAGGGGGUUGAUUUCAAAUGAGAACUAUGAGGCUGUGAGAGCUGUAAAAUCCAGAAAAGACCAGAUGAGUGGCAUUAUUCAGAGUUUGACUUCCAGCACAAUGGGCAAAGACGCUCUCUGUGACAUCCUUAGAAGGAUGAAGAGUAUGAGGCCUCUCAUCAAUGAGCUUGAGGGAUCUGAUUAAAGGAGCAAAAUGUACAAGUACAAAUAUGUGUUGUAGCUUUUGACAUUA